CUGCAGCGCUGAUGUUUGAUCAUUGUCCCAUUCCGUUGUCAUGCUGAGUUUGAUCAUCUUUCUUCUAUUCCAUAUUGAUAUUGAACACUCCCUGAUGCGGCAUGCAUCAUGCAUGCGGUAUUCAGUCCGGUGAAUAACAUGAAGCCGCAACCUGAGGGUUAUGGCAAUCGUUUGAAUUUCGUGCAUACCUCUUGUCCAGGUUGUCCUCAAUCCACCCAUUCUCCUCCAUGUCGGCGGUAACUGCUGACGAAAAGCUCUCCCCACAAGACCCUGCUGGGCAGAAGGAUGUCGAACACAGGCCUAGGACGGAAUUAAAUUCGAACAGCUAUUUGCGUGGCACUGAAUUCAUUCUCGUAUUCUCAGCCCUUCUGCUCUCGAUAUUUCUGGUUAGUUUGGACCAAACUAUUGUGGCCACUGCCCUUCCUCGCAUCGUAUCCGUCUUCGAUUCCUUGGAUCUUGCAACAUGGGUAGCAGCUGCAUAUUUUCUGACUGAAGCUGGUUUGAUGUUAUGCGUCGGUCAACUCGUCGCGACACUGCCGAUCAAGCCUGUCUACCUCGCAUCAAUUUUUUUAUUUGAAGUCGGUUCGCUUCUCUGUGGAGCUGCUCCUUCAAUGAAAGUGCUUAUCUUCGGGCGUGCGGUAGCUGGAUGUGGAGCUGCUGGGAUUACAAUAUGCUCCAUUGCUACAAUAGCAAGUUUCACCCGACUGGAAGACCGGCCUGUUCUGUUCGGCCUAUUUGGCGGUAUAAUUGCCAUUUCUAGUAUUGUUGGCCCGCUCUUAGGUGGUGCAUUCACCGAUCGAGUAUCCUGGAGAUGGUGUUUUUACAUUAAUUUACCCUUUGGAGUGCUCAGCGCUGCCGCGAUGUUUUUCUGGCUCCCGCAUCGCGCUCCGUUUAGGUCCCUUUCUGGCCACAGCCUCUUGUCGAGACUCAAUCUGACCCUUGAUUGGAUCGGAACCGCCUUGUGCGUGGCGUUUUCUACUUGCCUUCUGCUGGGCUUGGAAUGGGGUGGGUCUGUCCACCCAUGGAACAGUGUUGCUGUGAUUGUGCCUCUAUGCAUCUUUGGCGUACUGGCAGUAUUGUUUAUCAUGUGGGAGUGGCGCCGAGAUCUCCAUGCCCUGGUCCCAUUUCAGUACUUUAAGCGACGCACACAGACCGGUGCAUGCCUAGAAGGGUUCUUUCUAUUAACAUCGCUCAUCGUAUCAGUCUAUUAUCUACCCAUGUGGUACCAGAUCAAUGGUCGGAGCAGCGUACAAUCUGGCAUCGAUAUUCUACCCUUGAUGUUGUCGUACGUCGUUUCUUCUGCUUUUGGAUCAGGAGUUACCUCUAAAACUGGGCACUACUGGUAUCUGAUGUUUGCUCUCCCUCUCGCUUCCAUAGCAGGUGCCGCACUACUGUUCACAGUGGAAGCAACAACUGCAUCCCCAAAGCUUUUUGGGUAUCAGAUAUUACUCGGCGUCAGUACAAGUGGUUCCUAUCAGUCGACUUUCGUUUCGGUUCAAGCCGAGUGGGCAGACAGGCCACAGGAAGUUUCUCGUGCCUCUGCUAUAUUGACGUUUUUGUCAUACUUCGGAGCGAUCAUUGGGCUGAGCAUUGCUGGUACAGUCUUUGACAACGGUCUUAACACCCAGUUGUCUCGUGUAGUUGGACUUUCGCCCGAGGUUAUAUCUGCCGUCAAACAGAGCGUGACUGUCAUCGACUCGCUACCUUCCAACAUCCGGCAGGAGGUGAUGAAUGCAGCAGCCCUCGGCCUGCGGCCUGUUUUUUUGAUCCCGCUCGUUUGUGCUGCUUUAGCCUCGGUGUCAUCUCUCAUGAUCCGUGAUUACAAUAUUAGAGAGAGAGCGAUGUUGACUGAGUCUUUGAAUUAAGAACCAGGAAAAUGGGGAUAUCCAUGUCUGCCACCUGUACAUACCAUGGACUUGAAUAUUGUCGUAUAUAUUUCUUGGGACUCCGAGGUGCAGCUGUAUUUGAAAAUUCCCCAAGCUUGGCCGCAUAUGGAU